AUCUAAGAAAUUUUCACUUGAAUUGAAAGUAGGUACCUACAUUUAGGAUUGAUAGUCUUCUACUUUUUAUGCUGCUAUUGUGAUGUAAAUAAAUUUAGUGUUAAUUUAAAUUUGUGAUUCUAUUAUCAAUCUAGCCCAGGAUUUGAGCUUUUGUUAUAUAUUUUUGAGAAUAAUAUAAUGAUACAUAGUUUAUUUAUAAUAAACCCUUCUGGGGAUGUAUUUCUGGAGAAACAUUGGCGGAGUGUGAUUCCAAGAUCAGUAUGUGAUUACUACUUAGAGGCACAGCGUGCCUCACCAAAUGAUGUGCCGUCUGUUUUAGCUGCACCCCACCAUUACCUCAUAUCAAUACAAAGAGGGGGUGUGGCGUUAGUAGCUGUUUGUAAGCAAGAGGUGUCACCACUCUUUGUGAUAGAGUUCUUGCAUCGAGUUGUUGAUACAUUCCAGGAUUAUUUUUCUGACUGCACUGAGACUAUUAUCAAGGAGAAUUAUGUAGUUGUGUAUGAGCUAUUAGAUGAGAUGCUAGACAAUGGAUUCCCCUUAGCAACAGAAAGUAACAUUCUAAAGGAAUUGAUUAAACCUCCUAACAUUCUUCGAACUAUUGCCAAUACUGUAACUGGGAAAUCUAAUGUAUCAUCUAUAUUGCCUUCUGGCCAGUUAUCGAAUGUUCCUUGGCGGCGCUCAGGAGUUAAAUAUGCUAACAAUGAAGCAUACUUUGAUGUGGUGGAGGAAGUGGAUGCAAUCAUAGACAAAAGUGGCGCCACCGUCUCUGCUGAAAUACAGGGAUAUAUUGACUGCUGUAUAAAAUUAAGUGGAAUGCCUGAUCUGACUCUCACCUUUGUGAAUCCAAGAUUAUUUGAUGAUGUGUCUUUUCAUCCUUGUGUUAGAUUUAAAAGAUGGGAGUCUGAGAGAAUUCUCUCAUUCAUCCCUCCCGACGGUAACUUCCGACUAAUGUCGUACCACAUUGGCUCGCAGAGCGUGGUCGCGAUACCUAUUUACGUACGACACAACCUGUCGCUGCGGUCCAAUGGCGACCAGGGACGAUUGGACCUCACUGUCGGGCCUAAACAGACUAUGGGACGAACUUUGGAAAAUGUUGCAUUAGAAAUCUGCAUGCCUAAAUGCGUUUUGAACUGUUCCCUCACUGCAAAUCAAGGCAAAUAUUCGUAUGACCCUGUCAGCAAGGUUUUGCUGUGGGACGUUGGCCGCAUUGAACUGCCUAAGUUGCCGAACAUUCGAGGAACGAUCUCAGUGGCAUCCGGCGCUGACACGUCAGGUGCCAACCCCAGCAUCAACGUUCACUUCACGAUCCCCCAGUUGGCUGUGAGCGGGCUACGGGUCAGUCGUUUAGACAUGUACGGUGCUAAAUACAAACCUUUCAAAGGAGUCAAGUAUGUCACUAAAGCCGGCAAGUUCCACGUGCGGAUGUGAUGGGAGGAAGGGGAAAGCCCCUGGAUUUACACAAGCCUUUCUGAUUGAAGUGAUGGCUCUUUUUAACGUCUUUACGUAUAUUAUAUUAAAUCUAAACUCGGCAUGAAGUUCAGUGCUGAUUAUGUUAAUAAACCAUAAUGCCCAAUUUGCGUAAAGAGUAACUAAUUCAUUUCCCUUCCGUAACCGAAGGCGCUUUGUACAGGAAUUUGAAGGCUCUCAAUAAAAUUUACAGUGUUCUUGUGCAAUGUGUAUAUAUGAAAAGUGUAUAUUUACUAUGUAAUCGUUGAAUGAAAAGAAUUAACUGUCAUUUUUUAAGAAAUAAAAGUUCUUAUGUAUGUUCAAGUAAAUAUUUUAUUAGAACUAUGUUUCCCUUAAUAUUAUUUGUUUUACCGGGCAAUGACCAAAAACUUUGAUAAAAGUUAAAGAAACAAGGUAAC